GCCAGAAAGCCCAUAAAAAGUCGAAGCCUCUUACGUGAUACUCGCCGACUCGACCUUGACUUCUUCAUUUCUCCAAACCCUAAUUUCUUUUCCUUAUCGUUUCAUGUCUCUGUAAAUCGACGCUCCGUUUCGAAACCCUAGCAAUUCAGAAUCUUUACCCCUCUCCUCUUAGGCUUUUUUGUUUUGUUUUGUUUUAUUUUUUACGAUUCUCCGGUCACUGUGGAGAGAUAGAUUGUUAGAUCAUGUAUAAGGAGAGGGGAACGCGUGUAUCGAAGUCGGAGGUGGUGGAUCAGAAAUGCAUAAACAAGGUUCAUGAUAAUCGAGCGUCGCAUUGGUUGUCUCACACCGUCAACGGAAAGGGCAAAGCAGCGUCGAACUCCGUCACGAUAGGGAAGCAAUUGCAUGACCACAACAGCCGUGAUUCACGUUCUGCUUCCCUCUCCAAAGUCACCAUUUCCGAUGGGGACAGGUGAGGAAGCCAUUGAAACAGUAAAACUUCUUGCUCUUAAAGAGGGAUUCCUGGUGGGAAUAUCCUCUGGAGCAGCAGCAGCUGCUGCGUUGAAGGUUGCAAAGCGGCCAGAAAAUGGAGGCAAACUCGUUGCAGGAACUUCUAUGGAUGAGCAUGCUUUCAGGUUGAGAUUCUGGACACAAGCGGAGGGACACAGUUGGGAAAGCUUGAGAUAAUAUUCCAACAAAGUGACAUGUAAAAGUUGUAGCUGUUGAGGCAACCGAAAAGAGCUAAGACAGCUUUUCAGGACAUUGAACAGGUAAUAAUGCAAUUGCUGAAGUUUAGGUCUUAUGCGUCGGUUUAAUAUUAUUCUGUUACAAGUCACAACAGCUACAAAGAGACGUGACAUGCCAUUGGUCUCUGUCGUAAUAGAAGUUGUGUUGGAUUUACUACCCUCAGAAACAUCAAACACAAUCCUUCAUGUUUCUUUGUUUAUGCAUAGCUUCCAAAGAGGAAUAUUGGAAAAUACUCAAGUUAAAAUUUUGUUGAUUUCAUGACAAAGGAAGAAACGUCAAACGCAAAAAACAAACAUGGUCGAGUACUCAUUCCUACGGACGCCAUUUGGUGGUCGAGUGGGCCAAAAAUGACAGUAGCAUGGAAGAGAAGCAGCAUCAUUCAAUUGGUAAGUACCAAGAAAUGAGCUUCUAAAGAGGAGAACUGGAGAAGAACAGAAAUAACCACACCUUCUCUGUUAAGAAUUUGUGUUGACCACUGUGAUUGAUAAUUCUCAAUGCUUGAACUUUCGCUCUGUACUGGCUUAAUAUAUUAGACUAUUAAUUUAUGUUUUUAUUUUGUGAUUAAAUGAAAAAGAACGUGGUACUUAUACACAUAAGAUAUUUCUAAACA